UUUGAAAGCGAGAAGCGGAAGUGUAGUUUGUUACAAAGAGUGCGGCUUGACGCUGGCAGCCAGGCAGGAGCGGGAGAGUAGAGGGGUGCUAGAGCAGGUAAAGGUGUAUGUGUUCGUCUUGUUUAUGCAUGUGGCGGAGACAGGAAGACGUGACGGCGUGAAGAAGAGACGGAGAGGGGUGGAAGGAGGACAAAGGACCCGACCGAGAGGAGGAAGAGCUGGAAAGAAAGAAGGAAGAGGGAUGUCGGAGAGGAUAGCUUCGUGUGGGAGCCUGUAUGACAGCACCAACCUGCUGCUACAGUACUGCAACAACGAUGACACGGUGUCGGCAGGCAGUAACAUGGACAUGGAGGACCGGGUUUCCCACCUGGAGCAGAAGCUGCAGCUGCAGGAGGAUGAGAUCCAGCUGUUGAAGGCAGCUCUGGCUGAUGCCCUGCGCCGACUGGGUUACUGUGAGGAGCAGACACUGGGGAUGCAACCUGGAGUCCAUGCUGCUGGGAGGAGGUCUCUGGCCACCACAGCUUCAGCAGCACCUAGCAAGGGUAAGAAAGUGCGUCAGCUCCUGCAGGCUCUGCCCUCCAGACCUCUGAGUAAUGGCUACAUUCAACAUAAACGCCUCCUCUCCUCCCCUUCCUCUCCUAAGAAGGAGGUGCUACAGUCCAUUAAGAGGAAGAGCAUGUCCACAGAGCGUCUCACCAUGGUGAGGAGAGAGAUGGGAGCGGAGAGUCGGAGUCGAACCACCUCCUCCAGCAGCUCCUCCGGAGGCAAAGGCAAAUCCAAAGAAUGCACUGUCAAUGCAGAAUUUAACACGAAGAAAGAUAAAAGAAGAUGGAAGUCAGAGGACGGCUAUGUGAGGAUGUUCCUCCGAGGUCGUCCCGUCACCAUGCAGAUCCCCGAUCAGCAGAGGGGGAGCUACAGCCUCGACCACAAGGUGGCGCUACCUGACCGCAAGCUCAAACUGCAGUGGGUGUAUGGCUACCGCGGACGUGACUGCCGCUCCAACCUCUACCUGCUGCCCACAGGAGAGAUCGUCUACUUCAACGCCUCUGUGGUGGUGCUGUACAACACCGAGGAGCAGCAGCAGAGACACUACCUGGGCCACAACGACGAUGUCAAAUGCCUGAGUGUGCAUCCUGACAUGGUUACCAUAGCAACGGGGCAAGUGGCUGGAAACUCUAAAGAUGGAAAGCUGCUGGCUCCUCAUGUUCGUGUUUGGGACUCAGUGAGCCUCAACACGCUUCAUGUGAUCGGGAUGGGAGUGUUUGACAGAGCGGUCACCUGUGUGGCUUUCUCCAAGUCGAACGGCGGCACCUUCCUCUGCGCCGUGGACGACGCCAACGAUCACAUCCUGUCUGUCUGGAACUGGCAGAAGGAAAAGCAACUCGCUGACGUCAAGUGCUCCAAUGACUCUGUACUGGCCUCUGUAUUUCAUCCCAUGGAUGCCAACCUGAUUGUCACCUGUGGAAAAUCUCACAUCAACUUCUGGACCAUGGAAGGCAACACUCUCACCAAGAAACAGGGCCUGUUCGAGAAACAUGAGAAGCCAAAGUAUGUGUUGUGUGUGGCAUUUGCCGAAAAUGGAGACGCCAUCACUGGAGAUUCCAGUGGAAACAUCUACGUCUGGGCCAAAGGUGGUAGUCGCAUCAGCCAGGUAGUGUCGGGGGCCCACGAGGGCGGGAUUUUCUCUCUUUGUGUCCUGAAGGACGGCACCAUGGUGUCUGGAGGAGGAAAGGACCGCAAGGUGGUGCUGUGGGACCAUGACUACAGAAAGAAGGCCGAGAUGGAGGUGGGUGAGAUGCUCGGCCCUGUACGUGCUCUCGCUGAAGGUAAACCUGGAGAGCUCUUUGUGGGAACCACCAAGAAUGCCAUCAUCAGAGCUGCCUUCCCUGAUACAUUAACUCCUAUUGUACAGGGUCACACAGAUGAACUGUGGGGUCUGGACUUCCAUCCCUCCAUGGAGCAGUUUGUCACCUGCGCUCAAGACAAACUGGUUCACCUCUGGGACACCAACUCCCAUCAGCCCCUCUGGAGCAAGACAAUCGAGGAUCCAGGGAGGUGUGCAGGUUUCCAUCCCAGCGGGGCUGUUCUGGCUGUGGGGACCAUGACUGGAAGGUGGUUGGUGCUGGACACUGACACCCGGGAUCUGGUUUCUAUGCACACAGACGGCAAUGAGAUCAUUUCCAACAUCAAGUACUCUCCAGAUGGUAACUUCUUGGCUGUUGCUUCCCAUGACAACUUUGUUUACAUCUAUGCCGUGACGGAGAAUGGCCGAAAGUACAGCCGUGUGGGGAAAUGCACAGGCCACUCCAGCUUUGUCACCCAUCUGGACUGGUCGGUGGACAGCCAGUACCUCGUCACCAACUCAGGAGACUACGAAAUCCUCUUCUGGGAGGCAUCCAGUUGUAAACAUGUAACCAACAUGGACACAGUACGCAACCAGGAGUGGGCCACUUCUACCUGCACUCUGGGCUUCACAACCUUCGGAAUUUGGCCAGAUGGAGCAGACGGCACAGACAUCAACGCCGUGUGCAGGUCACAUGACGGAUCCCUGUUGGCCUCUGCUGAUGACUUUGGCAAAGUGCACUUGUUCUCCUUCCCCUGCUCUCAACCAAGGGCUCCGAGCCACGAGUACGGUGGCCACAGCAGUCACGUGACCAACGUUGCCUUCCUGCACGACAACAGUCACCUGAUCUCCACUGGUGGGAAAGACACCAGCAUCCUGCAGUGGGUUGUCUAGGCAAGGCUCUCCACCCACAUCUCUAAUCCUCCACACGGGGACCAGCAUCCUCUCUGACCCCUGCCACCUCUUCACUGUAUUACCCUCCUGCCACCAGGGGGCAGUAUUUCCACUGUGCUUACUGGAAAGAAUAAUAAUAAAUAAAAACACAACCACACAACUUGACCCACAUAUGUCACACCAGAUGAGAUCAUGAGUAUCAUUGUAGUAAAUUGAAAAUUAUUUAGUGUCCUUCUGUUUGUAAUAGAAUGUAGAGAAAAUGACUUGUUGACAUGGAGGAAGUGAAUGCUAACUUACCCCCCCCCCCCA